CGUCGAGGGCUGGGUUGGCGGCGCAUUCUCCUGGCUAGGAGGGAACCAGCUAUCAGUCACAAGGAGGGGGUUCGACUGGGAGGGAGGGGGACUGACAUGUCUCUCGAAGACCCUUUUUUUGUAGUCCGAGGCGAGGUGCAGAAGGCGGUGAACACCGCCCGCGGGCUACACCAGCGCUGGUGUGAGCUCCUGAAGGAUGGCGCUGCGGUGGGACGCGAGGAGUUGGACUGGACCACCAAUGAACUGCGGAAUGGCCUGCGCAGCAUUGAGUGGGACCUCGAGGACCUGGAAGAGACCAUCGGCAUAGUGGAAGCCAACCCAGGCAAGUUCAAGCUCCCAGCAGGGGACUUGCAGGAGAGAAAGGUGUUCGUGGAGCGCAUGAGGGAAGCUGUUCAGGAAAUGAAGGACCACAUGGUCAGCCCAGCAGCCAUAGCCUUCAUGGAGAGGAAUAACAGAGAGGAGGUGCUGAUGGCCAAGCCAGAUGCUCAGAAGUCACACAGUGACCUGCUGGAUGCCAGUGUGGUCUCAGCCACCUCACGCUACAUUGAGGAGCAGCAAGCUACCCAGCAGUUGAUCAUGGAGCAACAGGACCAACAGCUGGAAAUGGUGUCUGGGAGCAUCCGGGUUCUGAAACACAUGUCAGGCCGUGUUGGGGAGGAGCUGGAUGAACAGGGCGUCAUGCUGGAUGCCUUUGCUCAUGAGAUGGACCUCACCCAGUCCCAGAUGGACAGGGUUCUCAGGAAGAUGGCCAAAGUGUCCCACAUGACCAGUGGAUGUCGGUUGCUGAGCCUCUCCCAUGGAAAAUGUCUUCUCUGGUGCUGCAAAUCAAACACAGGAGCUUUCGCGUGCAAAACGUGCACUCUACCGGUUUCACCCCAGCGUGGUUUUCACUAUUUUUCCUUUUUGGGCACUGAGAACUGAACUCAGGGGUGCUUUACCACUGAGCUGCAUCCCUAGCAAACCUCCCCCUUUUGUUUAUGAAUUUGAGAUGGUCUUGCUAAGUGAUCCAGGCUGGCCUUGAACUCACCAUCCUGGCUUAUCCACCCAAAUUCCUGGGGUUGCAUUAGUGUGUUUCCACAAACAUUUUCUCUUUUCUUCCAAUCAUGGGAGUGCUGGCUGUGAACAGGGUGAAGGGGCAAGUGUGUACAGGACUUCCUGGGUUCUGGAGGACUUAACUGCGGGGGCAGUAAGCCAGCAUCACUGUAAAUUCUAGAUAGUUGUAGCUUUAAAAAAAAAAAUCAGGAACUGAACCAGGGCUGCUAAACCACUGAGCCACAUCCCCAGCCCUUGAUGUAUUUUUUAUUUAGAGAUAGGGCCUCACCAAGUUGCUGAGGCUGACUUACUCAUGAUCCUCCUGCCUCAGCCUCCCAAACCAGAGAUUACAGGUAUGUGCCAGUGCCUGGCUGCCCCUCUAGCUUCUGAGGGGCUGUCUAGGAACCCACAGGUGCAGAUCGGAGAAGGAAGAGUGGUGGCUCGUGUCCACAGGGCUAGCCCAGGCGCACCCCCUGGAGUGAGCAGCAUGCUGCAGGACUGUUACAAAGGCGUUCAGUUUAUUCUCCUCAUCAGCAUCACUGAUAUUUUCAUGGUUCACAUUUCCCAACGCCGCUCCUCUCCUUACAGUAGUUAAUGUGCAAUCUCACUUAGGGCCGGGGAGGGGCGGGGGCUAGGCCCAGGGCAGGGAGGGCGUUGGCACUUCACGCAGGACAGGGUGGGCAGACCCGUGGUCUGUCCCCUGUGAAAGAGGCGUGGGUGAGUAGACGGCCAGUGGAGUUGGGGGAGGGCCCUAUUUUUUUUUUUUUUUUUUAAUCUGGUAGGUGGAUGAUUCUCCACUUGUAUUUCUUCCUGGCUGCCCAGGGUUGGGGGACCAUGCAGCUCAGGGCAGGGGAGGAGAGGAGAGGGGAGGAGAGGGGAGGGGAAAGCAGCUGGCCGCCAGGGCAGGGAGAUGCAGGGGUGGCUCCUGGGGUAAGGCACAACCCUGUCUUUGGCUCUCCUAGUGAGGAGUUUCCUCCCCUGCACCCCCUGCCCAGACCCCUCUUCCCACCCCUAACCCCUAGACACCCUCACAGUCCCGGGAGCCAGGAGCACCUCCUGGGGUCCCUGAAACAAGUGGGCCCUGCCACCCAACCCAGUGCUGCGGGGCUCAGAGAAGGAGCGGGUUGGGAGAAGACCCUAGUCCCAGAGAGCUGCCCCCUCACUAAGGCCUGGAAGGAGGGGAGCUGACUGGAGUCCCCACCUGCCCCUCACCUUGGCUGGGCCCAGCUACUUGCCAAGUGACCAGGAUAUUGUGCUUUGGGAUCAACGCUGGGGUGGGGCAUCAGGCCAGGGGAGGGUGGGGGGAGUGGGGGUGCGACUAAGGUGCUUGUGCUUUAGCUGGGGGUGUCGACUCCCCCCACACACUUGGGCCACCAGAGGCUAAGGUGCUGGGGAUAGGCCAGGAAAGCAGAGUGUCGGGACCCCAGCCAGACCUGACACAUCUGACAACCCCCAUCCCUGCAACAAGCAGAUAUCUGGAGGGACCCCCUACAGGCUAGGGGGGCAUGCUGCUGGGUUGGGGGUGAAGGUCUCCAAAUCAGAUUCCAAGGUUCCAACCCUGGCUGGCCCCCACCCGACCUCCUGCAAUCCCCUGCCUGCGGGAGAGAAGUGGCUGGGAGCUAGGGGCAGGCAGGAGUUUGGGAGGAGGAGGAGGAGAGAAGGACAGGGCAAAAGCAAGCUGAGAUGGCGAAAUGAUGAUGUGUCUGUGUUGGGGACCCCGGGUUCACAUGUAAAACUCAAAAAAACCAAACACUACCUCUAGGCGAAGUAAAAAGAGGAAUGGUGAGAGAAUUUCACAAAUGACUGCUAACAAUGAAUGUGGGCCCUGCCCUGCCUGCCCUGCCUGCCUGGCCACCCAGCCAAGGCCCGGGACAUCCUUUAGCUGUCGUCUGGGUGGGGAGUGAGGGGGAAGCUGGUUGGACCCCAGGAGCCCAGGUGAUGGCUGAGACUAGGGACCCACCAUGGAACCACACCCACACUCCAUGCACCCACACAUUCAGCCUGACCCAGCACCCCCAACCUGCCUUCCACAGCCCCCCGGGGAAUGAGGGGGACCUCAGACACAGUCCCGUUGGUUUGAAAAAUAAAAGGAAAUCUUAUACUUCAA